ACAAACUAUGACAUAUCUAUCAUCGAUUCAAUCUCUCUCUCUCUCUCUCGUUCUCUGAUCCAAACCCUCAUCUCAGAGAGCAAUGGAUCCGAACCCGAAAAGCCACCCGAUCCUCUCCUACGUCAUGGCCCGUCUCCCCUCUCUCGGACCCAAACCGGCCACCUCCGACUCUGAAAUCGACAUCGAGCAGCCGCCACUAAAACCACCAUCCGAUCCAUCUUCAUCCUCGAGCCAGACCCGGGCCCAAAUCGAGGACGACAUGCCGCACCUGGCCGACCAGAGGCUCCUCGCCUCGAUGACCUGGGCAGUGUCUGACGUGGCCCAGACCAGGUCCGUGCUCCAGACCCUGGGCCCCCGGCCGGACCACGAGACCGUCGACAAGGCCAGGGCUAAGCUUUCCGACAUAGAGGCCACCCUGGGGAAGCAGCUGGAGGAGAUCGUGCGCUCGCCGCGGCCACCGGACGUGGACCGCCUCCAGUGGCGCGCGCACCUGGCGGAGCGCGAGAACGAGUGCCGGCGAUCGGCGGAGAAGGAGAAGCAGGACUAUAAGGCGGUGUUGCAGCUCGACGAGAUGCACGAGGCGUACGAGAGGCUUCUUAAGGAGGCGGAGGAGCGCCUCGUCAAGAUCUACGAUUCGGCCGAGGCGUCGCCGGAGGAUGCGGGCACGGAUGAGGCCCCGAUGGUGGCAAGGGAGGAGAUUAACGAGGACGUGGUUGGGAUAUUGCAGGAGGCGACCGGGCAGGGGUUGGAGCGGAUCGACUUGUCGGGCCGGAGGCUGCGGUUCUUGCCAGAGGCGUUCGGGCGGAUUCGGAGCCUCCUUGUGCUUGACAUUUCGAGUAAUCAACUUGAGGUUAUCCCUGACUCAAUAGCGGGACUAGAAAAUCUUGAGGAGUUUAAUGCCUCUUCUAAUCUUUUGGAGUCAUUUCCUGACUCGAUUGGCUUGUUGCAAAAAUUGAAAAUUCUGAAUGUCUCAGGAAACAAGCUAGCUGCCCUUCCUGACUCCAUCUGUCAUUGCAGAUCAUUGGUAGAGUUAGAUGUGAGCUUCAACAGCCUGACAUAUUUGCCUACGAACAUUGGUUAUGAAUUAGUAAAUCUACAGAAGCUUUCAAUGCAAUUGAACAAGAUUCGUUACCUUCCCACUUCUGUAUGUGAGAUGAAGUCUUUGCGCUGUCUGGAUGCUCACUUCAAUGAACUCCAUGGCCUUCCACAUGCUAUUGGAAGAUUGACUAAUAUUGAAAUUCUGAAUCUAAGCAGUAAUUUUAGUGACCUGAAGGAACUCCCUGACACCAUUGGUGAUUUGACCAACCUCAGGGAACUUGAUCUCAGCAACAAUCAAAUUCAUGCUCUUCCUGAUACAUUUGGUCGGCUUGACAAUUUGACCAAACUCAACAUGGACCAAAAUCCUCUUGUGAUCCCACCAGUGGAGGUUGUGAAUGAAGGGGUUGAAGCUGUCAAACUUUUUAUGGCUAAGAGGUGGCUGGAGGUACUGGCGGAGGAAGAAAGGAUGAGCAUGCUUGAGAUGCAAGAACAGGGACAGACUGGAUGGUUGACUCGCAGCACCUCCUGGUUGAAAAGUUAUGUUUCGAAUGUUUCGGAAUAUUUGACAUCUCCCAGGGGAUCUCCUAGAGACCCUUAUCUUGAUCAGCAACUAUGAUGCUCGUAAAUCAUUUCAAUUGUUCACUUUCUUUUCCUCCAAUGCGAAGCUGAUGAAGAUCAAAGAGAUGGUUUUUAGCUGCUGCAGUCUCAUACUUGCUUAAUUAAAGCUUGAGAGUAUUGAAUAUCUUAUAAUGUUGUUCUUUUUCCAGUCUAGUAGUUGCGGAAAUGAGUAUUUUUGUAGGUCAAUCGAUACAGCCUGCUGUGCUCCUCUUUUUGAUUGCAAGUAGUUGAUUGCUUAUAGUUGUACAUUCACUAAA